ACACUGUGGCUACCACUAAGUAGUAUCGAACAGUCUGUUCGCGGUAAUUAAGCGGUCCAGCCACCGCCUUGGCACUCGGUAAUAUUCAGCUAAACGUGCCCGCAAUCGAUAUAUAAAUCGCAGUGUAAACUGAAAGAUCGUUGACCAGGCUGCAGCCAAACUUUUGUUUAAUAUGCCCACGGUUUGAUUGGCCGUGGGUUCACAGCAAGUCACAAACACGGGACGAGUGUUUUCACAGUUUAUUAUCCAGCACACCAGUUGAACCUGUUGUCUUGGCGCGUGGACGAAUGGAGUCACGCCAGUAACGCGUGGAACUUAGACAAAUACCCCGGCACAGUAACUCCACUUGUUCAACUUGAAGUACGAGACGCCGUCACAGGGACGGUGCAUCACUAAGUGGACAUGUCCGCGUUCAACGCUUCGGACUCGAGAAGUAACUUACGACACCAGCUACUUGCGCGACCUGUUAGCGCUGCAAAUGGUCAAGAUAACGACGAGGCCGCCAAAGAAUAUGCCGCUUUUCUAAGGGAACAAGAAAGAAAGAUUGGUCCCAAUGGUUUCUUGGAUUCCCAUAAAUACACAUAUUCUUAUCAGCUGAAAGGCAAAGUGGUUGACAGUAAAGGGAAUAAAUCAUCUGAUACUACAGUUGCCAAUGGAACUGGGUCACACAGUGCUCCACCAUCAGCACGAGGCAAAGAAAUUGCUUCUGUUGUUAACCUCCAAGCCAAAAUUGAAAAAGAUAAAAAAGAUUUUGAGAAAAGGAUGAAAAUCAUAGAGGAUCACAUGUGGCAACAUAAACAAGAAGAACGAGAACUGAAACGAUCAGAAGGUGACAUCAUCAAAAGUCGACAGCAUUUACGUCGUACUCUGCGGGAUUAUGAAUCAGCAAUCAAUAGAAAAAGAGUUUCAGAAGAAAAGAAACUAACCGGAACCACGAAAGAAGAAUAUGAAAUCCAGAGGGAAAUCACACACAGAAAGGAGAAUAAUACUAAAAGUCGCAUUGAGAAAGCACAGUCUAAACUACAGCAAAACAAAGAUGAAGGCAGAAAAGCUGAGGUUCUGACGGGAGAUUUACAACGUAAAUACAGACGAACAGCUACUGAAAUUGAAUUACGUAGGACAGAAGUGCAGAGAUUGAAUGACGAAUUUACCCAGAAGAUGAAACAGAAAGAAGAGGAGACAUUUCGACUGAAAAAAGAGCUAGCUGAGUUGGCGCUAGCAUUAAAUAUGGAAACAAUAAAGGCAAGGACCACUCAGGAAGAUAGUAAAAAGGAUGAGAAGAAAGAUUCUAUUGAGAAAGUAAAGGAAGCAAAUGAAAUGGAGACAAGCCUAGACAGGAGACUCAGGCAAAAUCAAGGUAAAGCUAGCAACCAUAUAAUGAAUACAAGGAAACUGAGUGCUGACCUGACUUUAUCUAAAUCACGAAUUGCACUUAAGGGCAGAGAAGAAGGAAGGCAUAUGCAAGACACACAUAACCGACUUGUAGAGAAUACCAAUACGCAACGACAGUUACAAGAAGCAGCAGUCAACGCCGACUUGGAUCUUAAAAGCCGACAAAUUGACCAACGUGUGCAGGCACAUGAUAUCAAACGUCAGGCAAAUAUCACACAUCUUACAAAACAUCGAAAGCAGCAGCAUGAACAAGAGUUGGAUGCCUAUCUGGAGCGGCUUACCAAGAGGCAACAUGAAGCAGCAAGACUUGAACACGAGGAUAAAUUAAAACAUUGUUUAAGAUAUGUUAAUAAACACGAAGAAGUGGAACAAGAGCUAUACAAUAAAGUCAGACAAGCAGAAUAUUCAAGAAAACAGAAAGAACAAACAUGUAAAAGAUUACAUAACAAGUUACAGGAAAUGAAGAGGAACAACUCGAUAACAAUGAAAGAACAUGCCGUAGAGUGUCUACGAAAGGAAAAAGAAUUAGAUCAGAAAUUGCAGAGAGAACAAGCUGACUUAUAUAAGUACCAUGUCAAUCGUGAAGAGAGCUACAUCAUGCUCCAACACCACAGAGCCAAAAUGAAGGAAGAUAAAUACCUGUUAGAAGAAACAGAAAGGGAACAUAGGCGGUUACUACGAAUUGGUGAAAAAAGUGAGACGGCGCAGAGUUAUUCUUAAAUGCAAUGAAUUAAUUAAUACACUAGCGAUACACUAUUUGAUGGUGAUAAAUCAAAUAUCAGGUGAACAUGGACAAGAAUUAAAUGGUGCUUGUAUAUGUUUUUGAUGAGCCAUACCUUAACUCAAAACAUCUUAAAAAUGUAAAGUAUAUAUCAAGUUAUACUAUUCUGAGUCUAAGCUUGCGCACUAAUCUGGCUUGACUCAUAGUCGACAAAGGCUAUUCUUUUCGUGGUAGGAAACUGUGUGUACCUGCUUUCAUUUUUUUAAUUGAUUUAAGCUUUAACUCUCCUGGGAUUAUAAUGUCAAUACAAAAUGCCUACACGGAAUGUAUGUUUCUAACUCUUUGUGAAAUAUGUAGAUUAGCGCAUAGAUCAGAAGCAUUUUAAUACUCCUAAAUUUCCUUCACAAUAUUCGCCAAUUUACUAUUACAAACAAGUACUCAUCAGUAGAUUUUUGUUAUUGAAAUCAUCGUAUUGCUAAUUUAAUCAUAGGUUAGAUUCGUUUCACAUUGCAAGUUGGUUGAAAAGUGUUUCGAACAUAUCUAUCGAAUAAAAGCCAUUACAUCACAAGUAUUGAACAAGUGUCUGCAAGAAAUUAUAUAGUAUUCAAAACGAUUUUAAUUGAGAAUUACAUUUAUGUGGGUGCCAUUGUGUUAUUUGUGUAGAUAUUUAGUUAGCCGAAAGUUAAUCGAAUAUUUACAGUAUGUACAUACUUGAAAUGUAAAUAUUCCCUUAAAAUCGAAAUAUUUAACAAAAAAUAUCACUUUUACAUAUUUCUUACUAUUUUUGAUUAUAAAUACAAUUUCUGUACAUAUACAAUUAUGCAAAGAUUAUCCUAGUUGCAUGAAUUGUAUUAUAUCUAUUUCAUAUGAAUGUAUUUUCGAGUGCCUUAAAUUUAUUGUAACUUCUAUGUAUAUAAACAAUAUGUUCUAAAUAACACAUAUUUCAAUGCUAAGCAUUUAAUGAUUUCUAGUACUGAGCGGUACAUGUGUGCUAUGUUAGCUGGUGCUCAAUAAAACUGUAGAGAAGAUGUG